GUUGAGUAAUCAGCGCCCAUUCCUGCUGAAACGAUGCAUUUUAAGAGUGAGAGAGCAACUGGACUGGUGUACAAUGGAGCUCCAUGUUACUCUGUGCUUACUGUACUGCUGUGCUGCCUGUACUUUAGCAGCAAAACAUUUCUACACCACCUUGUACACGGUGACGAGAGCCUCGUGCCAGCCUGAGUUCACGGCCGUGUCGUUUGUUAACGAGUGGCAGAUUACUCGCUAUGACAGCCAGAAUAAGACACUGACCGCCAUGCACUCCUGGGUAAGGGCAGCUUUGAGUGACCAACACUGGGAGAAGUACAAGGAGACACACUUAUCAGAAUAUUCAAGACUGCGAGAAGAACUAAACGCCACAAUGAAGAGCUUAGGACACAAAGAAGUUCACACAUUUCAGAGGAGGUCCGGCUGUGAGUGGGACGAUGUGACGGGUCUCUCUAAAGGCUUUGACGAAUAUGGAUAUGAUGGAGAGGAUUUUAUAUCACUGGAUCUGAACCAGAUGAGAUACGUCCCUCACACAGCACAGGCGAACAUCACGGCUGAGAGGUGGAACAGAGACGGAGCUCUGAUUCAGUCUCAGAGCAGCUACCACACCCGCGAGUGCGUGAACUGGCUGAAGAGGUUCGGGAAGACCAACCUGGACCAAACAGGAAGCAUCUCGUUCUUCCAGAGGACGGCCUUCUCCCCUGUCGUCUGCCACGUCGCCGGUUUCUGUCCCAGCGCAAUGAAGAUCUCGUGGCGCAGAGACGGAAAAGACAUGAAGGAAAAUGUCAGAAUUGGAGCCGCUUUGCCCGACGGUGAAGGAACAUACUUGAGAGACGUUUCCUUCAACAUCACUGAGCUGGACUCAAACUCGUUCACCUGUGUGGUGGGAAACACCUCCAGAGAUUUGGACAAGCAUCAGCUGAAGGUUGAGAAGAAUUUCCAUCUGGCUUGGAUUGCUGUUCUUAUAUCCAUUGGCGUCAUUUUAGUUGCUGUGGCCUGUUAUUGUAAAAAGAAGCAGUCUGACUCCAAUGGACAAUCGAUGCAGUGCAGUAAUGAUGCAGUCGUCAACAAACCGCGCGAUUUGGUUGCCGGCGUCGUCAUGAGAGGUACAGCGUUCCUGCUGCUGCUGCUGUCCGCCGUCAGCUCGGCUGUAACUGCAGGAACCCACACUCUUCACAUCGCGUUCUCGAUACAAACAGGAAUUUCCAGCCUUCCUGAGGGCAUGUCUUCGAUGCUUUUUGACAAAGAGUACAUUGCUCACUAUAACAGUGAUAAGAUGCUCAUCCCCAUCCAGAACUGGGUGAAAGAAGCACUGGGGGACGUACUCUGGAACAACUUUACAAGCUUCCUUUCAUCACAAAUUGAGCAUCUGCUACAUGGCGUACGUGAAGCAGAGCAGCUGGUAUGGGAUAAAGGUGUCCAUACAUUACAAAGAAGACUGUCAUGCCAGCUGAAUAUUAGUGGUGUUCCAGAAGUGUCUGACGAGUAUGGAUAUGACGGAGAGACUUUUAUAUCGCUGGAUCAAGAACACAAAUAUGUUGCUGACAUGCCAGAUGCCGAGACUAUUGUGAGGAGAUGGAGCAGACAUGGAAAGGAGAAACAUAUCGCGCGUCAUUGUAUAGACUGGUUAAAGAGAAUCCAAAACCAUGGAAAGAAUCGAACGCGAAGACCAGUCUCUCCUCCUGAGGUGUCGUUCUUGCAGAAGACUCCUUCCUCUCCUGUGGUGUGCUUUGCUACUGGAUUCUACCCCAGGGCAGUGAACAUGUCCUGGCAGAGAAACGGAGAAGACGUCUCUCAGAAUGUGCGUGUAGGAGAGACGUUACCCAAUGAUGAUGGAACCUUCCAGAAGAGAGUUUCCCUCAAUGUGACACCCGAAGAGUGGAACGAGAACCAGUACAGCUGUGUGGUCCAGCAUAAUGAGACAAUCAAGAAUCUGACUGAGGAGAUCAAGACUAACUAUGGACCUCAGCCACGUAACCAAGCCAUCGUCUGUAUACCUGUUGUUCUCGUUGCCUCAGUGUUAUUCAUCUUACGGAUUGCUUUGUCGAAGACGCUUCAGGAUGAGUGUGAGUGUCUGGUGAGAUGUCCUGUUGAUAGGAAACUCAUGCUGGUAUGAUCGGGGGAAAAAAACAAACAAAAAAAAAAACAGGUAAGUACUUGUCAUCCACGCUCACUCACUGGUCUUAUUAUAUCCACCUACUUUAUAUCUAAACUUACUGACCACUGUCCAUAUAGGUGCACUUCUAGAAUUUCUGCAAUUACAGACUGUCAGUUAAUAUCAAUGCUGCUAACACUGUCAACUACUGCUCAGGUUGAGCUGGUUAUGCUACUGGGGUUGUCCUGCAAACACUCCUGGUCGUUCUGUGCACGUUCCUUGGGUUGUGAUGAAUGGCUGUCAGGUCACGCUGACAUUCGUUCGUUGGACCAUGAUGAGAACGCUCUCUGGUACAGAUCGAGGGAGCGUUUGUUGGACCAUGCUGAGAACCACUCUGUGGUCGCGGUGGUCUGUGGUGACCACCAUUUUGCAAAAAUUUCAAAAUAAAAAUGAUCUUUUUUUGA